CACAGACAGGGCAAAUCAUUGACACAACAUCGAACGGAUUUUGUUAUAUAUAUAGUACCGUGCUGUCGAGAAAGUUUUGUAAAGUGACGUCACUUGAAUUAUUGGAAUAUGGAUAGUUGAUAUGCACUGCUACACAUAUUACAGAUUAAGAAAUUAACAUUUUUAUUGGAGAGAGAAAAGCUUUCUACAAACGCAGUGAGGACAAUGAAAGUACAUGCGUUUCUCACAGACGCAAUAUACAUUUCUAUAGUUUUCUUCAUAUUUUGCUAUCAUUUUGACGUCACAGAGGGAAUUUUUCGUUCAAAACAAGAAUGGUUGAAUGACGUCAAAACAACCCAGCGUCACUACGGCAUCGCUGCUAGCGAUGUUGACGAUGACGGCCACAUUGAUUGGAUAGUGGCAGGAUUUGAUGGACCAAAUUUUGUUCUAAAAUAUGACGUCAAAGCAAAGCGUCUCAUCAACAUUGCUGCUCGGAACUCUCCGUACGCCGCCAUUAUGGAUGAGGCGGGUCAGGCCAUUGGGAUCAGCGCGUGCGACAUCGACGGCGACGGGAAAGAGGAAAUUUACGUUUUAAACACAAACAACGGAUUCGCUGGCUUAUCUUCGUAUAGUGAUAAAUUGUUUAAAUGGAGAAACGGGUCCUAUGUUGAUUUAUAUUCCGACCCUGUCAACAGUAACAUUACGGCGAAAAAUUACGCCGGGCGUUCCGUCGCGUGUAUUGACAGAGCGGGUACCGGACGCUAUUCUUUUAUAAUAACCGCCUACGCCAAUGAUAAACAUGCUAAAUUCGCCAUGAUUGAAAUGGACCUUUAUCAUCGGCAAAACUACGCCCGUACCGGAAACAUUGUCCUGGUUGAUGUGGCCGAGCAAGUAGGCAUAGCGCAAGCAACCGGAGGACGAGGAGUCGUUGUUGGACCCAUACUAGGAAACAACGGCCGCUCGGAUAUAUUUUUCGGAAACGAAAAUAGUCCAUGGUUAAAACUAUCGGGUGACAAUUUCUUGUUCAAGAAUCUCGGAAACGGAAGUUUUGCUGACGUAGCUGUGAAAUUGAAUUUAGCGGAUGGGUUCAGUAAUGCACGUGGGGUUGCUCUCGGCGACUUUGACGAGAACGGAUGGCUUGAUAUCGUUGUAGGAAACUGGAAUGGGCAUCACCGUCUAUAUCUGCAGGACAAAGAUUCAGGUAAAUUCCGGAAUGUCGCGAACGUUCAAUUCGACAAUCCUUCAUUAGUAAGAACUGUCAUGGUAGCUGAUUUUAAUAAUGACGGACUAACGGAUAUAUUCUUCAACCACUUUUGUAGUAGGGAUGGAGGACCGACGCAUAACCGACUUACCACAAUUAAAAAAUUUGGGAAAGAAAUAAGACAAAAUGUUGGUGAUGCUGGAAUGGCGGACGAACCCUACGGAUGCGGAACGGGCGGAAGUUACGCAGACAUGGAUGAAGAUGGAACAUUAGAUAUGAUUCUUUCUCACGCGGACAGUUUCGCGGAUCCAGCUACUGCCCCGCUUACUGUGUUUCGAGCAUCGACUACCAACCGGAACAGGUGGUUGCGUGUGGCGCCAAAAACUGUUUACGGCGGACCAGCACGUGGUGCUCUCGUGACGAUCGGCUUUUCGAAUGGGAGAAAACUUUCACAAGUGAUCGACGGUGGUUCGGGGUAUCUUUGUCAGAUGGAACCUGUCGCUCAUUUCGGUUUGGGAUUAAGCCUUCCAAACUCUUUGUUCAUCCGGUGGCCGGACGGACGAACAUACAACAGACGACUUAAUAGAUUGGACUUAAACGAAGUGCAUGUUAUAGAUUGGGGAUGGUCAGUGAUAACAGCCCGAGGUAACCCGAUCGUAUAACGAAAACGUCCAUGCUUAUACUUUCUGUUAUUCCGAACAGAUUUCCUCAAAAAUGUGAAAACGAUCUUUAUGUGUUUUAUAUUCCUUUUGCUGAACUAUUGAGAAAUGCCUUAUAGACAGCGCUGGUAUAAGAUAUGUAGGUAUGUUUAUGAUUUUGUUAUAAUGAGGAGUUAAAAAAGCACUGUGAUUAUGUUAAAAUCUCGCGGUUUCUAAAUGUACGAAGAUCUAUAUUCGCAAUAUUGCUCCAAAUUUAUUUAUCGGCGAGAAUCAUAACAUACUUAUGACGUAAUCUGUGCAUACUUAUAAAGUAAAAUUUGAUAUAUAAAUAUUUCAAUUAUGACUAAUACGAUGUAUUAUUCCAUCGUUAACUGCGCAUCAUUACAUGUAUGAAAUAAAGUGUGUAUAGCUAUGACGUAAACUAUGUAUAAUUAUGACGUAAACUAUGUAUAAUUAUGACGUACGCUUUGUAUGAUUAUGACGUAAACUAUGUAUAAGUAUGACAUUAACUCUGUAUAUUCAUGACGUAAACUAUGUAUGGUUUUGUUGUAAAAUGUGUAUGCGUGACACAAAAUAAAAAUGUAAAUACUUUGA